AAAUGUGUGUCAGGUUAAAAUGUGAUUCAAACAAUACUAGUAACGUAACUAUUUAUUGGCUUCAACAAUGAAUCAGUCUUAGAUGUGAAAACAUUGAAAAAAUUUGUCGCAUAUCAUCGUGAAUAUCUGCAAAAUGGUAAACAAAAAUUGAAGCAAAGUUUCAUGGUUUUUGAUGUGCUGCAUUACGAGGAAAAAGAAUUUUUAAAUAAAAAUGGUUUUCAUGAAAAUUGUUAAUUUUUUAUACAUAUUCUAUUUGGUUAGAAGAUGAUAGAAAAGAUUCAUCUUUACAUAUAUCGACUACAAGCCAAUUAAAUCAUCGAGCUAAAUCGAUCUCGUAGAACGGCGACCAAUAUAUACGUUAGCGAGACCAAUCGAUCGGAAAGAACGAUAUCGAUUUUCUGACGCUUGGGGAAGUUGUGAAAAACAGUGAAUUUUGGGAACGGAAAAAGUGCGAAAAAAGCAUAAAUGUGACGUGUGUAAACCAGUGACACUAAGUUAUAGAUAAACCUACUGUAUACAAGUGAACUUUUAAAUCGGAAGAUAUUAUCAUGCACACUUCAGGAAACGUUUUCAUAACGAGUUCGUCUUCAACGGAAACUUGGACAACGUUUUCGUACGGCUACUCUGGUAUCUUGAUCGCGAAGCGUUGGGUGCUCGCUCACGGCUCCAUAUUGGCUUCUAUCCUGAACCGAUCUGGCAAGCUUUACCACCGCGUCGCCACUCUAAAUCCUGGAGAAUUAAUAUUAUUUGGAACGUCGGGGUUAGUCGACGAUUUAACUCUUCUGAUCCAUCGUGGCCGCUCAUCGAUUGAAUCAGGAAAGCUGGUGGCUGCUUGGAAGUGUCCACUUUUGAAGGACACUUUGGAGAAUUUGUUCGAGAGUUGGAAAUUUCAAGAGAAGCAAGCAUUCGAUCGCCUUUUAUUGCCGACCUUCUUAAUGAUCGAGUGUGGAGAAGAGCUGGUGUCCGAGUUUCUGGAAGAUGAAGACGAUAGAGAAACACAAAUGAAAUCGAAGAUUCAAGAAACACUGCUCCGAUUCGCGAAAGAAACUGCUGCUAGCAGACUCGUUAAAGGAUCCACCGUUGAAAUUGUGUCGACACCUUUCGGAAAUGCCUUCUUCGCCGAUACUGUGAGUCGUGGGAUCGUAGGAAAUUUACUUGGACUCGAAGAAUGCCUGAUUCUGAUGGAUGCUACCGUUUUCCCGGAAUGCGAGGGUAGUCCUGUGUAUUUGAUCGAUAAUCGCGGCUGUAAAAGUAUCCGCGGCAUGGUAAUCGCAUCGUUGAGCUGGUGCCGGGGAGAAUGGGUCGACUACACUUUCGCAGUGAAUUUGCUACCGUCGUUGAAGCAGAUCGUUCAGAGUCGAGUCAUACGAGAUGAAUCUCGAUGUUUGGCCUCUGCGGUUCUCCCUUUCACCCGAUGGAAUAAUCGCAACGACGAAAUCGAUACCCUUGAAAGAAGCGUCGUGGUAGUGAAAUGCGGACCUAAUUGGGGUACGGGCGUCCUGCUGGACGAACGGACAGGAACUUUCGUAACUUGUGCACACGUAGUUGCCGGAGCACAGGAACAGACGAUCGAGCUCGCCACGUACAUCGGGUCGGGAAAAGAUAUAUCUCACUGGUUCGCACGUGCCAAGUUGAUUUACAAAACACCACGUAAUAGGCCUUACGAUGUCGCCGUGUUAAGGAUCGACUCGAGGCGCAAAGAGCCCUCGUUGAAAGCCAUCAAGUUGGCCGAUAAGCCUUCGAACAAGGGUGAGCCAAUACUUUCGAUUGGAUUUCCAUUUUCUUCGAAAGGCAGAGCCACUGUCAGCAACGGAGUGGUGUCGAAGAUAUCCGACUGCAUGCUUCAAGCGAAUUGCUGUGCGCAAAGCGGGGCUAGCGGCGGACCUAUCGUUCGACGGGAUACGCUUGAAAUGAUAGGAAUGAUCGUCAACAACACCGUUUCCGCGGAUGGUUCUACCUUAUAUCCGCGGCUGUGUAUGGCAAUACCUGUUACCGUUUUGAAAGGCCCGCUCAACGAGUAUUUACGAACAACUGAUCCUAAAACGCUGGAGAAGCUAACACAACACGAUGUAAAUAUUGAAGCAGCAUGGAGCUUCCGUCCUUUUCUUUAUUCAAAUAUAUGACAUAUACAUUUUAAAUGUCUACUCUAAUCUGUUCAUCCGUAAUUGCGAGCAGAUAAGGCGAGUAGAUAACAAUGAACCUUUGAAACAGAGAGGAAACAGAAAGACGCAAACUAUGAUUGUUCAAAAACACAGCAUGUUUUAUUCUGUUUGUAUCAAAAGGUAAUCGUAAUACUUGCACUGUUUGUAUAUUUUACUGUAAAGGUACUCUUUGGCAUUUGUUCUGCUCAAAUAAAAAGUUUCAUCCAAAUAAAGACUUCAAGAAGCCGGUCCUA